AUGGCGUACGCGACUCCCUCCCCUACCCUCUUCGUCGGAAACCUCGAGACUAAGACCAAGAAGCCUGAACUGCGGUCACAGCUGUACGCCCUGUUCACCCCAUAUGGCAGAGUGAUCGAUGUCGUGGCCAAGAAGCACAAUGGAGGGCGCGGGCAGGCCUUUAUCGUGUUUGACGAAGUGGCGAGUGCGACUGCGGCCCUGCGUGCGCUGAGCGGCGAGAUGUUCUAUGAGCGCUCUUUGAACUUGGCCUACUCCCGCACCUCAUCGCACGCCACACUGGCCCUCGACGACCCUACGUUCAGCAAGGAGGCGAUUGCGAUCAAGGCCGCUCGGGGUGUGCUGGACACAGCGCGGGGCGAGUAUGAGCAGCUCGCGAGCGAGAAGCGGCCGCUGGAAGAGCCGGAGGAACGUACGGCCAAGCGCGCCAAGAUUGAGGAUGAGGACGAUAUGGAGAUUGAGAUGGAGGAUGAUGAGGAUGUCACGGGCGAGGGUAUUGCAGUCAUGUGCACAAACUUGCCCGCAGAGUGCAACGAGGACAUUAUGGCCGCCCUCUUUUCCCAGUAUCCCGGCUUUACGCGCGCAGUGACCUUUACCGGACAAGUGCCGACAUCGCACCCCCCACCGAACGCAGAGGCAAAGUCAUUCCGGGUACUGUUUGGGUCGCGUGCAGAAGCCGAGGCUGCAGUGGCACCGUUGAAUGGCUACCUGAUGCAGCCAGGGUGGGAAAUGGCAGUGUCGGUUCAGGCAUAG